UUGCAGCCCUGAAACCUGAGAAAGUCAAGCAUGCAGCAUGUGGCAGAGCGCAUACCAUUGUUUCAUGCGCUUCUGGGAGUGUGUACGCUUGGGGUCACAACGAGGAUGGUCAACUUGGGACAGAAGAUCUCGAGGACCGUCACUCCCCUAUCCUAAUUCUGGAAAUGGAUAUUCCAGUCACUGCUUUGGCAGCAGGGAGCACUCAUUCUGCUCUGUUGAAUGAGGACGGUGAUGUUUAUAUUUGGGGUGGCAAUAGUGAAGGUCAGCUGGGGUUGGAUGUCAUAAGACAGUUAUCACCAAAACUGCUUGUUUUGAAAGAACCAGUAGUUAGCAUUGCUUGUGGCUACUACCACACCGUUGCUGCAACAGAAUCAGGUCGUGCUUAUGCGUGGGGUGAUAGUGACAAUGGAAGGCUAGGCUUGUUAGAAAAAGAUCAAGUCUUCCAUCGUCAUCCUCAAGAAGUUCCCAUACCAGAGAAAGUUAUUGAUGUAGCAGCUGGGAGUGUGCACACACUUUUUUUAACAGAGAGUGGAGGUGUCUACUCAUGUGGUACUGGGACAAGUGGACAGCUGGGUCAAGGAGCAGCAGAAUUUGAGAGUGUGGUACCACAGCCAGUAGUGGAGACAAAUUCUCAUGCCAUUGUAUCAGUUGCAGCUGGUGACAAUCAUUCCUGUGCUGUUACUGACAAUGGCUAUUUAUUGACUUGGGGCUGUGGUCGGCAUGGGAAGUUGUGUCAGGGGGAGGAAAACUUCUCGUCUCAGUUUGUUCCUGUAGUUGUACGCCGUUUACGCCAUAUCACAGUUGUCUUGGUUGCUUGUGGUGGUUGUCACACCAUGGUUUUAGGCUACAGAAGAGAGGAAGAGGAUGACACUGCUACAGAGGAGGAGGCCAAACCAACCAGGAGCAAUGUUCUCAACAGCAUUGCCAGAGCAAGGCGCAGGGUUACAGAUAGUUUACAGACUAGGCCUAUGACCUCUAAUCCUUAUCAGCAGGGUCCUGCAGAAGAAGUUGAAGGGGGAGCUUUGCCCCCUCUGAAGUCUGUUGGGCUACCCCCAAUUAAACAUGCUGUCCUUCCCACUGUACCAGACACAGAGGAUGUUUUGGAAGAGCAAGAAAUCACUGAUGUUCUUCAGAUUCCUAGCGAAUCAAUGGAGAAUGGCCUGAUUCAGGAAAAUAAAACCAGUGAUGAUGAGGACAAUGCAGCAAAGGCUAAAGAGAAAGAUUCCAUUCCACCCCAAAAGAAAGGUGGCCGCCUUGCACGUUUUUUUGGUAGCCUUGGAAAGAAGAAAACUUCAUCGGUAGUCGAGACCUUUGUUAUUACAGAAGCUGAAGAAGAUGAAACACCAGAAGUUAAUAAUGUUGGAUCUUAUCCUCUUGAAAAAGAUACACAUUUAGAGUCUAUAGAAGAUCGUCUUAAUGAAGCAGGAUUGGAGAACAAGAGAGAUGUGGUGGAAGCCUUUGCUGAUAAUGAUGUGGGUUCAUCUUCAUCUAAAGGAAAACCUGACCACAAGCAGUCCAGGACAUGUGCGAUAUUAUAGAAGAGGACUUUCUUCAUAAAUUUGGAGGUCUUAUGGAUUAUGGCUCUUGUUGAGAUGGUAAUGUAAUUCAGAUUCUCAUGAUAAAGGAACAAAUGAAUAUCUGGUGGUAAGAAAUGUAAAAUAGCUGCAUAAGAAUAUGUAUUUAUGAUUUACCAUGUAGUAGUGACUCCUGAUUUUGAAAAGUAAUUUAUUUUCAGGGUACUUCUUUAAUGUAUUUUAAGAUUGUAAGGUGAGGUAAAAUGAGAUCUUGAGUGUUACCAAAUUAUUCUGAGGAAUUUGUGGGAGGGUAAUUAUGUAAUCUGCAGUAGUCUGUCUUUUGUUAAAUUCCACUUCCGGUUUUACUUUGAAUCUUGGAAAUUAGUUUACCAAGACUAAUACAAUCAUUUACAACCUGACAUUUUGAAGGAAAAUGAACCUGUGAUCUGGAAAAAAAUGGUUAAUGUGAUGAUUUUUUUUUAUUUUAAAGCUGCAGUAAGGCUAUACAGAUUUUAAAAAAAUCUAUGAAUAGCUAUCAUUUAAUUGUUAGGCCUUUUAGUACGUAUUUUAUUAUCAUAGUAUUGUAGAUAAAUUUAUGUCACCCACUUGCUCUUUUGUGCUGUAAUAGACAGUAAUUAGAUUGUAGGCCAGUGAAUAUUUGGCUCCUAAUUGUAAUGUAAUUUAAUAAGACUUAAGUUACAUGUUUAAACUCUGUGUCUUUCUGAAGAGUUUGUUCUUGUGUGGGAGGUGAAAACUGGAGUAGUGUGAAGUUUUACAAAGUUUGAAUGCCUGAGGGAAAGAUUACAAAGGCAAUACAGCUGAGGAAGGAAGGAAGGAACACUGCAAAAAAACUUCUAAUACAAAUUACUUUGUACUAAUCAAGGCAUUUUGACAGUAUCCUUCAAAGGUAUACGUACUGUAUUUGACCUUUUUUUAAAAUUUUUUAUCCAUUCCUAUAGCCUCUGCCACAUGACUCCUGUUUUUUCCUCAUUUAAGAACUAACCCUUCAGGCAAGCUUUAUGAGAAUCUAGAAAUUAUUAAGUGGUCUUGUUAAACUACGUACUCCUUAUUACAGACGUUUUAAAACUAAACUGACUGUAAGUGUAGUGUAUUAGUUAUUUCCUGGCCUGCUAUGAUUUAGUUAUUAGAGAGCUGUUCUCUGUGAUAUAUCUUAAUGAAAUAGUAGUUAUUCUUUCUUCCUCACUUGAUCUUGUAGGUACAGCGCCUUUCUUUUCCCCAGAGUUUUAAUUUGUAUAGUUUAAUCUGGGUAGUAGUUUAUGACCUAAAGAUUGAAGAAGAGCCAUACUUGAUAUGUAUUACUUUGAUAAGAAAUAGGAAAAUGGAAUUGUGCUGGUUGUCUUUUUAUUUUAUUUUUUUAUCAAUGAAUUGCAAGUUACAUUACUUUCACAGAUGCAUUCAUUUGGUGGUCCUGUGUCCAUAUAAUGUAAAAGAUAAUCCUUUGUAAAAUGGUACUGAAUUUAAGCUAAUUGUGAUAUAAUUUUGUUUCUAUAUUUUAGACCCAUGGUAAAUAUAAAAUGAUGCAGUUAGCCUUUGUCAUCUAAAAGCCUUACUAAUUGGUUUUGUAUUGAAGUGACAAAACUCGAAGCUUUGUCUUGUGGUAGGACAUUAAUUGUAUUAAUUACUUGGAAUGACUGGCACUGGUGUAGCCAUAUGCCUGUAAAAUAUUCAGUCACUCUUGUAUGUACAAGAGUUGUUUGAUAGUACUGUAUAGUGAUAGUAUGUGACUGUCUUUACUGGUGGGAUGAUCAUAACUAAGUUCUGGCUUCCAUGUUAAGAUUAGCUGGUUGCAUGUUUUAGGUCAUAAUGCAUAUUGAACAUGGUUAAAAUGAUGCAUAGUUUUAAAAAAAUGUAUAAACUUUUGAAAAAUAGGUUAGGUAUAAGAGGAAUCUUUACCUGCUGAUAACAUGUAAUUGCACUAGAGAAUAUGUAGUGUGUUUAAGGGGAAACUUGAGCACUUUUCAAGUUGAGCACAAAAACCAGUAGUAGAUGAUUUAAAAGUAAAAUAUCUAUGGAUAAGAUUUUUUUUCACUUUGUUAAAAGUCGUCCAUCCAUUUUUGUGUGCUCGGUGCAUAUUGGUUAAAUUUGCUGUGGACCUGACAGCUUUGUUUAUCAGUAAAGCAUAUAACCUUGUGCACAAAAAGACAAAUAGUAUACAUUUAUAGGAAUAUUUUUUAUAAUGCUUGCAUUACGAUUAUGUUUUGAGAGUUUUUGCCAUGUUGAUAUGGAUGUGCGACAUCUGAAUUGAAAAAUUUUGAGAAACCUGGUUGGAUGGGAGCUUUCCUCUAGGUAUGAGAAAGAGGACUUGUUUUAUUAAUUAUCUUGGAAUUGGUCUCAUAGCCUCCAACAUAAGUAUGUUUUUUAUGCCAAUUUACCCUCAAAGAAAUCUAAAUGUGACUAUCGAGGUGUUUUGGAAUUGAAUUUUUAGGUAAAAUGGAAAUUUCUUUUUAUUAGGGGUAGUAUCUUUGAAAAAUGUAGAUGGGGGGUUUUGUAUUGUUUCAUAUCAUUGCAAUAGAAGUUUUUGUACUUAAGGGUAUAUGAAGAUUAUGUGUUCUCAAUAUGAUUAAUAUUGAUUAUACUUCAAAAUACUAAAAUUAUUAAUACGUACUGAUUAUGCUUCAAAAUACUAAAACAUUUAUUUUAACUCUCACAUAGUUGAGUAUGUUGGGCCUCUACAUUUUGUUAGACAUAUUUAAGAUUUAGGCUCAGGGUAGAUAUCUGUAGAAACAAAAUACGUACUGUAUGCAAAAUUUUGACAACUGAAGUUGAUUCAUAGCAAAGAGAUAGGAAUUGUUUAUAUAUGCUUUGUAUUUGUUUUAUAGGAUGUAUAGUUAGCCCAUUAAGAAUUGACACCCCUCCAUAAAUGUGUGAAGAAAAUGUAUAACCGUUAUUGUUAUGGGUGACGUGGUUCAGUCGCUUAAGAAUCUAUUUGCCCAGCAUUUCACAGAUGUUUCAUUUCACUUUUGCAUUGAAUUUUACGAGAUGUAAAGUGCAUGAGAAAUUGUGUUUUUCUCAAUCUCUGAAAAUUUACCAAUCCUAUUUAUUGGAUUGAUAUAUGAUGUUUUGGGAACCAGUCUUGACAAAUGGGUUAUGGUUGUUGCUCAGACCAAGACUUGACCGCUCUGUAAUUAUGUCUAGUUUUAGAAUUCAUCCGCAAGCAACUAACUUCGAUCAUCUUGCCAAUACCAUUUGUAUAUUCCCAAAAACUUAUGCAAAUAAAUGAAAAUAUAUUUGGCAAGAUGGUAUAGCUUAAAUAAAAAUAUAUUUUUGCAAGAUGGAGUAGCUUUAAGUCUAGUUUUUUCAUUCACCAUACCCUGAUUCAAAGUUAUAUUUCAAGACAUUUUUAGGAGAAGCAUGAUUGGUUUUGAUUAACUUGGUAGUGUUGCCAUACACUUUCAUUUCUUUAAAUUGUUAAAUUCCUAUUUACAGGACUCAAAAGAAAUUGUCUUCUUUACAUACUGUGGCUUCAGUUAUUAUUUAAAAGAUAAUUGUUCCAAUAUUAAAAGGCUGUAUGCUUAAGAUGAAAAAUUCAUUGAGGUGCUGCUUAUGAAAUGCAUUUGGAUGCAUAAUGAUAUGUAUGUGAAUGUGUGUAUUAGUUGGAUUCAUUCUACAUGUGUGGAUAUUCAGCGCUGCUUCCCAGGAACUCAAGGAACAUCACAUAGAAUAUAAACAUGUUCUUGUGGACAAGAUAUUUAAUUUUAUUGAGGAAUUCUUUUCUAUAACUUUUUACCCAUACCUUGUGAUCAGAAAUGUUAAAAAUUUUGUGCAGUCUUAUGGCACAGACAUAAAUCGUUCAAAAGAGAGAAUAUAAGAUACCUGUUGGCAGUUUAGUAUGCUUUGAACAAAAUUAUUUGAAAAAGGGUGCCAACACCUAAUGGGCCAGUUGUACCAAAGUAUUCUGCUGUGGAAUUCUUGGUUUAUAAGCCAAGUUGUUUAGGUUUUCUUUAUUAGUCUGUAAAUGCUUGAAGAAGUUUUUCUUCCAAUACUUAAUGUUUUCCUGUUACUGUUACAGAACUUUUUUGUUUAAUUACCAAUGUCAACUGUUUCAGGAAGUUUUUUUUUUCUAUAACUUAAAACAAUAUUUUCUUGUUACAGAACCUUCUUGUUUAAUCACCAGUGUCAUUAACAUCAGGAUUGUUGGGGUCAGGGCUGUUCCUUAGUGAUUGUUCAUUUCUUCAACCAUUUUAGAAUAUAAAAUGCUUUGAAAGUGAAAAAAGUUUGAAUAUAGUAUACUGUAUAUGUAUUUGUAAGUCUGAAGCAUUGCUUAGAACACAGAGAUGUUUUAUGGUCAUCUCUAUGAGAGUCAAAUGUUUUGACUUAGAUUAAAUGCUUAUAAUAAUAAUGACAGUAGUAAUAAUUUUUGACUAUAUUUACAAAUUAUUCAGUGAAUUCAAGUUCCUUUAUGGUCUUUGAAGUCAAUGUUAAUUUGAUCAAAAUGGCAAAAGCAAGUAAUCUUGGCAAAAUUCCAAAAUGUAUGAGUUGCAGGGGACCUGCAAAACAGAGGUUUUUUUUUUUUUUUAUUAUUCAAGUGGAAAUUUUUUGUUUCCAGAAGCAUCAAAUAGUAUGGUUCUGUAUACCUUUACUAAAUUUAUAUUGUGUUCUAGGAACCAGUUGUACUUAAAUUGCAAACUAUUUUAAAUUUUUCUUUAAGAGGUGUUUUCCACAUCCCUCAUACUUAUUUUGAUAAACCAAUGAAGCAUGUACGGUAGUGAGCCUUCUAAUGUAUUAAGGUUUACAAAAUUUUGAUAAUAGUAUUCUUGUUUCCUACAGCUGGUUGAAAUAGAUUUUUUCUUGUUUAGUUAAGACUUAGGCUAGCUGCUAAUGGGAACCCAGUUUUCUUAGUGUCUUUAGCAGAAUUCAAAGGUGGUGGCUUUUGUAAUAAACAAAACAGGACAACAGUCAUGCUUACAAUGUGUAGGUGGCAUGUGUUGAAAUUUGUCAUAAUUAUAGUGUACAGGAUACUAUCAGUGAUUUUGUCACAGAAUGCUAUUUUAAUAUCCAUAUGUAGUAGGCAAGAAUAAUACAGACCUGCAAGUUUACUUUUGUAAUGGAAUGGUAAUGCAUUUUACGAAUAAACGAGAUAUAUUCA